AUGCAAAAUUUCAAUAUUUUACGUGGAAUCAUCAUAAUAUCCUCGUUGUUGUCAUGUAUAACUUGCUUCAACAAUGAUGCUGCGGUGCACGAAGCUGGUCUCACGUGUGGUUCUUAUCAAUACCCUGCUGAUGGUGGUGGCAACAAGUUAAUGCAAAACUUGAUGGUUGCAAUGGAUGCUUUAUCCUAUGAGGUGAAACAGCAUGGGUGGGGAGCACAAACAUUAGUUGGAAAUUGGCAUCCGAUGUACGCGUUAGGCCAAUGUCGUCGCGAUCUCAAUCCAACGCAAUGCUACACUUGUUUCACGCAAGCAAGACAGUUAUUAUCCAGGUGCAACCCGAAGGUUUCGGGUAGAAUUUACCUCGACGAUUGUUUUCUUCGUUAUGAUAACUAUACUUUCUUUGAUGAGGGCGUGGACUUCACGCGUGAUACGAGAACGUGUUCGGAGGAAAAGGGGGAGACGGUUAGUGCUGUACAUGUUGGGGCGGUGAUUAUGAAUGUGAGUAAGGGUGCCGGGGAACAUAUGUUCGCGGUGGACGAGGAGGGUGGUGUUUUUGGAUUGGCGCAGUGUUGGGAGACAGUGGAUAAAUGGAGUUGCCAGAGGUGUUUGAGAGAAGCAGAGAAGAGAGUGCUGGAAUGUGUUCCUAGUCCUGAGGGUAGAAGCUUGUUUACUGGUUGUUUUAUGAGGUAUUCGUCGCGUAAAUUCUAUAACGAUGUCUUUGUGAGGAAUCAUACUUGGACUGGUAUUCCUCCCCCUCUUCCUCGUCGAGAUCGAAGGCAAAUCGGCGUAUGGAUAAUCGCUGCAUGUGUAAUAUCAAUGAUGGUAGUCAUCUUACUUAUCAUUCCAGUUAUAUUUAUGAGCAAGAAGAGUACAACACCACAUGAAAAAAGAAACAACAAUUUUGGCGCGUCGCCUAGUUUUGCCAACGUAUCUGGUUACCGUUUUAGGUACGCCGUGCUUGAAAGGGCGACAAGUUAUUUUGAUCCUGCAAACAAAUUAGGCCUAAAUGGAGGAGAUGGUUCCGUGUUCAAAGGAACACUCCCCUCAGGAAGAAUCGUUGCUGUCAAACGUUUGUUUUUCGAUACAAGACAGUGGACAGACGAGUUGUUCAAGGAGGUCAAUUUGAUUAUCGGAAUUAAACAUAAGAAUGUGGUGAAACUUCUGGGUUGCAGCAUUGAUGGCCUUGAAAGCCUCUUGGUUUACGAAUUUCUUCCCCAUAAAAGUCUUGAUCAAAUCCUUUUAGAUAAGACCUCAGAAAAUGCUCUACCGUGGGAGAAACGGUUUCAAAUCUUAUGCGGGAUAGCUGAGGGCUUAGCAUACCUUCAUGAAGGAUCUGGAACAAAGAUUAUUCACAGAGAGAUCAAGUCUAGCAACAUUCUACUCGACGAGGCUCUAAAUCCAAAAAUUGUUGAUUUUGGUUUUUCUGUUGGCAAUGCUGAAAAUAGAUCUCAUCUUAACACUAGAAUCUCAUAUAUGGCUCCAGAGUGUCUCAACAAAGGAGAAUUAACAGAGAAGGCAGAUGUAUAUGCUUUUGGUGUGAUGGUUACUGAAAUUGUUUGUGGUAAAAAGAACAGUGUUUUCCCACAAGGCUCAAAUUCAGUACUCCACUGUGUGUGGAAGAAUUACAAGACAAACAACAUUACAACAUCAGUUGAUCCUGCUCUACUUGGAAAAUUUGUGGCAGAAGAGGUAUCAAAUGCUCUUCAAGUUUCACUUCUUUGUACACAAUCUUCUCCUCCUCUUAGACCAUCAAUGUCAGAAGUAGUUCAAAUGCUAACAAAAAGAGACUACAAUAUUCCCAUCCCAAUACAACAACCAUUCAUCAAUUAUACUAGGCUUACUCUAGAUAACCGGACCGCUUCCACCAUGAGCAUUACGUCAAAUGGACGUGCAAGUUCAAGAUCAUCUUUCCAUAGCACCACUAGUUCGUUACACCAAGGUGAAGAAGCAACACUUUUAGAGAAUUCAUUAUCUUCUUCUUCUUCUAAGUUCAACACUUCAAGGAGUCCUGAUUCAGAUAUCCAAGUGAACAUUGUGGUGGCUCAACCAAGGUAG